AAGGCAGUCCGGGUAACGAGGGUGCACGCGCGGCGUGGAUGUUUACUCGGCGUCGGCGGCGCGGACGUCAGAGCAGAGCGAGGAAUCCCAGCAUGCACUGCGAGGCCGUUGAAAGCUCCAGCAGCUGCUAGCGACAGAGAAAUAUGCUGUGCGGACGCCUGGCGAGUCACCGCGGCGGCGUUUGAGUCACGAUUGUCUGUCGGUUUCCAUUUUGGAGGAUUCCUCCCUCCAUCCUCCGGGCAAUGACAACGGUCUCGGCAACCCCGCAGCAGAUGAGGGACCGGCUGCUGCAGGCCAUCGACAGUCAGAGCAAUAUAUGCAAUAUGGUGGUUGUACUUGAGGUGAUUACCUGUCUGGAGAAGUAUCCUAUCACCAAAGAAGCACUUGAGGAAACCCGACUCGGAAAGCUGAUCAACGAUGUAAGGAAGAAGACCAAGGAUGAAGACCUCGCCAAGCGGGCCAAGAAGCUCUUGCGAAACUGGCAAAAGCUGAUCGAACCUGGGCCCGCGGUUGCGUUGACGGCUCCCGGUUCCACCAACGGCAGCUCUCACCCCUGCAGGACGGAAGCCUCCCCGCCCGAAAUCUCUUUGUCGGUGAAGGGCGUCCCCGAAGUCAAAGUCAGAAAUGACGUUCACAACACGUACUCUCCAAAGGCUGAGAAAUCAAGCAGUCGCAAGCGCCGGGCCGAGCACAGAGACAGUGGUGUGCAUUUACCGGAAAAAAUCUCCAAGUUUUCAUCUUACGAUAAUGCCGUUUCACCGCCGCCCACUAAUGGGAUCGCGGGAAGCCCCGACACCCUGCCCGAACAGGACGUCGUCCCGUCUCCCGAUCGAUCUCGAAUAGAGCACCUUGACAAUGAUAAAAUCAACAGAAUUCCAGUAAACGCCGUCAAGCCUCGUCCCAGCUCCCCCGGAGUGGCCAAACUCCCUAGCACUUCAUCUUUAAUCAAGGUUGCUGUUAUGCAACAGCAAGCGAGAAUGGAUGAUGGUGGUGGCGGAGGGGGACAUUAUCAAGCCAGAAGUCCCCGUGGCCUUUCCACCAGUCCAAGGAGCACAAAACACGACUCCUCGGCUAAGCGCUCUGCGACACAUGCACAAAUGCUAACGUCUGUCCCCAGCCCUUCGCUCAGAGAUUCGCCCUUGCCUUUGCCCCAGCCUGCGACCCCCCCGGCUCAAAGUGCUCAUUCUUCCCAUAGGUCCACAAUGCACUGGGCCACCUCCUCGGACAUCCCCUCUCCUUGCCCCCCACAAGACUUAUCCAUGACACUGGAUUCUCCCUCUGUUUCCCCCGCGCCCCCUCCUCGGCCGCAACAUAACUCUGAACUCCACCGGCCCACGUCAGAAGCAACCACGACUGUCUGGGACGACACGGACGCCCCGCCGAUUUCCGCCUCGGAGUACAAGAGAAGGAAGUACCGCUCGAGAGACUACUCCGUCAACUUAGACGGCCAGAGACUAGAGGACACCACUAAGCCAGUACGAUUAAAAGAACGCAGGCUAACGUUCGACCCUGCCACGGGUCAGAUCAAGCCCCUAAUCCAUAAAGAACCUUCUCAGUCUGAGGAGCCCCCUACUCCUGAGCCCAUCGAGCCCCAGCAGAGAACUGAAGUCAAUGCGCUGCAGGCCACGGCGCCGGGACCCAACCCUAAUCCUUUUCACCAGACGAACUGGAAGGAGCUGUCCAGAAAUGAAAUCAUUCAGUCCUACUUGAACCUUCAGAGCAAUGUGCUCACCUCGUCCGGGGUCCAAGCCCCGAGCACACACUUUUUCAUGUCCCAGUAUCUGAAAAGGGAAGAGCAGGAAGUGAAAGAGUCGAGGCAAAUGCACGUUUUGCGGACGGACAGUACGGCAGCUGAUUUACCCGGCGUGAGUCGGGAAGUCAAUGAUGAGGACUUGGACAGAAUACACAACCUGCGUUGGCCCGGGGUCAAUGGGUGUUUGGACACCAAGGACACAUGGUAUGAUUGGACAGAGUGCAUAUCGUUGGACCCUCAUGGGGAUGAAAGCAAGCUGAAUAUCCUGCCGUACGUUUGCCUCGACUGAGGGCUGUUUUUCCACUCCCGUUUUUUUUUUUUUUUUUAUGGAGGGGGUGUUAGUGGUUUCCCCACACAGACCCCUUUGGCAUUUUGUUUGGCAAAAGCCAGGCCUGCUAAACUCCGUCAUCCCUCCCGUGCCUCCUUCCUCUUUCUGUGAGAUUUGGGUACAAAAAUGAGAAAUUAAAAAAGAAUAUUUAAGUUUGUGAUAACAAGGGCUGCUUUUGUUUUCUUUUUUUUUCAAGCUGAAAGUCACAGGAAGGAUGGAGGCCCCAAGUUGCAGAGUGCUGCUACUAGCUCAGAAGAAAAAAAGGGGCAAAAUGAGUCCUGAACGAUGGAAACGUCACCAAUUUCUGAGGCUCAGAGGGUUAAAGGGGAGCUCAAACUUUUUUUUUCCCCCAAAUAUCACAAUACAUUGAAUGUGGCACCAACAAGUUCAAACGCAGCAUUCUGAUUUCAAUAUUACAUUCAUGGAAUAAGACCUAAAUUGAUGAAUACAUUUUCAUCCAUUUCAUGUUCCUGUUUUGUGAUAUUGCCCUUCUAUUGUUGUUACACAGCUGUAUUACCCAACAUGGCAGCGCUGAGAUUGAUGAAAAUGGAUGAAGCUGUUAAAUAGUUUUCUAUAAUCACAAUAUUGAUCAGAAUGCUGUGUUCAGAGAGUUGGUGCACAUGUCUGAUUGCAAAAAACUGAAUGCAUAAUUGAUGUUCCUCUUUAAUACUGCUCUCAUUUCUUCCCUUUUUGAUUUCUGCAAUCUAUGGUUCAAUAUGAGGGUGGGCUGGUGUUUAGCUGUUCUGUUCAGGCCGCCAUAUUGGUGUUCAUCUCCCAAGUGUAUGAACGCGUCUUUAGUCUGAAAUACUGGCAGUUACCAGAAGCUUUAUGUGAAUUUAAAAAAAGUAAAUUAUACAUUUUUCAUGUACACCUAUUUAUUUUGGCUAGUACAUUUUGCUGGACUUCCAUGAACACACUGCUUUUCUUCCGAACCUGUUCUUGUAUUGCAUCAGUGUUGUCAAUCUCAAGUUUCAAUUUUUAAAAAAUUCUUUUGUCCCCUUCAGUCUCCUGAAUUUGCUCGCGGUUAAUUUGGGUUUAACAUUCCGUAGUCCCUUACUCCCUUUGCCUUAUUGCGCGGUCUUCAAUUCUAAAAAAUGUAACUAAGAUUUGAAGUUCACUUUUGCGUCUAAAUGUUUCCGAAACUUUAAAGCAUGUAUGGCAGUGUAAUUGGCAGAUGUAUCAAUAUUACACAAACAUGUAUGCUGCACUUUGCAAAAUUACACAACAUUUAGGCAAAAUUGUGCCUUGAGAUACAAGUGAUACAAAUUUUACGAGUUUUUCCAAAAAUGUGGUUCUGCAAUUUUUUGUUUUAAGAGGGCAAACUUCUAAUAGGACUGUGUAAUAGUGUACUUGCCAUGUUAAAUGUCAGUGUAUCAGAAUGAGAGCAAUUCUUCUAAAUAUAUGGCCUUGACUCCCAAAUGAAGUUUACUGUCGAAACGGUAGGACAAUUUAUGUCCACUAUCUUGAUGCUAAUGCUAACAUUAACGCUCAAGUUUACCCUCUGAACAUAAAGUUGUUCCUUUGGCUUCUGAGAAGCUUAAACGCCGUAGAAAUGUUCACAAAUGGUAUCUAUAUAUGGCAGUUGAUAUUUGAAUACAAACACGCAUAGGCUGAUAAAGUACAAGUAGACUAACCGCUGCAAAGAAUAGUGCUAAGGAUUUAUGACGUGAUGAACCACAAUUAUUAAAUGCAUAGUGCAAAACAGAUUAAUGUCCUUCCAUUCUUUUCACUGACAGUGAUUUAAGGUACUUGCAUUUUUAGCUAAGCGCAUGGUCACAGAAUGAAUAAAACUCGUAUCUCAAGGCACCAUUGUAAGAAACUCAUUCCAGUUUUUUUUCCCCUCCUUCCUCCCCAGAGACACUUAGCUGUAGAAACAGUUAUUGGUUGUGGAUUUGGAAAUUGUCGUUUAAAAUCAGUUUCGUAUGUUGCUGGUGUCAAUUGUCAAGCCAAACAAAAGAGCCCAGUGUCACUUCUUUCAUUCAUACUUGAGUUUGCGUUCCCUUUACACUCAUCCUUCAUUAUCCCACGAUGUCAGCUUGGCUCGUGCACUCUCGCAUUCUUCCCUACCAAUGUGCCUUUAGUAAAUUGUAAAUCUGGAUUUGCUUCCGCAUGCGAGGCCUCAUCCUUGCAGCCGGGUUGUUCGUCUAGAGCUCCAAAUCCCGUGAUCAGUAUGAAGCUGGUUUACGCAUCAUUUCUGGUCUUUCUUUUUUGUUGUUGUUAGUUGUUGUUUUGGAAUUUUUGUGAGGGUGCAAGUGCAGACAGCAGAAGUGCACAACACAGCUGGCAAUAAAGUGCUACAACUGGUUGAUAAGAAUGUUUUCUGGUGUUUUGACUCGGACGUGUUUCUUCAGUGUUUAACAGCUCUCAAUUGUUUUGACAAAUAAAAUGAUCUAAUUCUU